AAAAUCAGAAGGUGUGCGGACUGUUAUCUCUUAAUAUCUAAAUUGGCAAACAGACCCUCGGAAGUUUGCGCCAUCCGUCCAGCCCUUGGGACAACACAUGGCUGCGAAAGCGCAAAGACAAGCACCGAACAAGCCAAGCUCGAUAAGCAGCAGUAUCAGGGGGAUAAGGAGUAGCUCUAAUCAACAAGCCCAGUUUCGAUCAGACGAUGCAUGCGAUAUAACAGUGUCCUGCGGGAAGCAACGAGACCAAGCCCAAAAAAAAGACAAACAUUAUAACCCGCAGUAAUCCGACAUUGGGCGAUAUUUCCCGCAAACUGAACCGCCUUCCCGACCUGCAAUGACUAGCCGAACAUGAAGAUCACAGAUGUGGUCUCGGAGCUGGAGGCCAGCAUGGCCGAGUCACAGAACGCGCGCGACAAGCGCAUGGAGGAGCUCUGGCGCGAACUGGACCCCAAGGGUGCCGGCGAGCUUGACCUGAAGGAGCUCAAGAGGGGAUUAAGGAGAAUAGACCAUCCUAUGAAGAAUGCAGAAAACAUGCUGGGAGAUGUGUUCAAGGCUGUUGACACCAGCGGGGACGGCAAGAUCCAAUAUGAAGAGUUUCGCACAUUUGUCGAGACGGCCGAGAGGCAACUUUUUGCCCUUUUCCGAUCCAUCGAUAGGGACAACAACGGAAGGCUAGACAAGGAAGAGCUGCAGGCCGCUUUCAAAAAAUGUGGCCUGACCGUCUCAUCUAAACGGCUGACGGGCUUCUUCAACGAGAUCGACAUGAACCGGGACGGAUAUAUCACUUUUGAGGAAUGGCGUGACUUCCUCCUAUUCAUGCCGGUACACGACGGUGAUGGUGGUGCUGCUCUGGCGACGGCACUGUCAUUUUACUCUCAAAUCGUCACUAUAAAUGCCGAAGGUGAUUCGCUGGUGAGCGAAGAUACCCUCGAGGGCUUAGGUACGACCAGCUUCCUUCUACACGCUCUCUUCGGUUCUAUCAUUAGGCUUGCCCAACCAUCACCGUCGCUGUCUGGUAAGACAUCUGGACCUUCUCGAAAGUCUCUACAAAAACCCGACGCGAAUGUGGCCUCACAAAUACCCAACGAAUCCGGACAAGGCAACUCUCCUGUUGAGAGACCCAUGUCCCCAAACCCAGCCUCGAAAUCUUCACAGCCGCCGGCUUUGGCUGCAGCAACCACGGCACCCACUGUGGCACUAGCAGAAAGGGGGGUGGCCGCCACAGAUGAACCCUUGCCAAGGCCAGCUUCUCGAGCACACAGCAAAGCAGCCCUUGGCUUGGCCACACAGCACACCGGCGAAGGUUCCAGCUCUGUUAUAAGUCCAGCGACGCUUGAGGAGGGAGAAGACUACGCGUUGUCGGCACCGAAGCAAGUAGAGAAGAAAACAAAGCCCUCCAAGCUGACUGAAUACCUACCUGAACCAGGCUACUUCCUUGCCGGUGCCAUCGCGGGUGGUGUAUCACGUACAGCAACUGCCCCUCUCGACCGAUUAAAAGUAUACCUCCUUGUCAACACAAAAGCCAGAACCAGUGCCGAGGCAGCUGUAGCGGCCGCUGCCAAGGGACAGCCCCUGAAGGCUGUCAAGAAUGCAGGCCAUCCGAUCGCUGCUGCCAUUACCAGCUUAUAUAGAUCAGGUGGCCUGCGUACGUUUUUUGCUGGAAACGGAUUAAAUGUCAUAAAAAUCAUGCCGGAGACGGCCAUAAAAUUUGGCUCGUAUGAGUUCGCCAAACGCACCCUCGCAACUCUCGAGGGUCACAGCGACCCUACUCACAUAAACCCUUACUCCAAGUUUGUUGCUGGUGGAGUGGCGGGCAUGGUUGCCCAGUUCUGCGUCUACCCAUUAGACACACUUAAAUUCCGGCUGCAGUGUGAGACCGUACAGGGCGGACCAACGGGCAACGCACUCUUGGUGCAGACGGCAAAGCGUAUGUAUGCGACGGGCGGGGUCGCAGCGGCCUAUCGCGGCGUGACCAUGGGUCUGGUGGGAAUGUUCCCGUACAGCGCCAUCGACAUGGGGACAUUCGAGCUCCUGAAGACGACGUACCGAAGGUACAAGGCACGGACGUGCGGGAUACACGAGGAUGACGCGGAGCCGGGAAACAUAGCCAUGGGAAUGAUGGGUGCAACAUCAGGAGCGAUCGGGGCGACGAUAGUGUAUCCACUCAAUGUGCUCCGGACUCGGCUACAGACGCAGGGUACAAAGAUGCACCCACCGACUUAUACGGGUAUCUGGGACGUGACGACGCGUACGGUGCGGAACGAGGGCGUGAGGGGCCUGUACAAAGGCCUGACGCCGAAUCUACUCAAGGUGGCGCCGGCCUUGAGCAUCACAUGGAUCGUGUACGAGAACUCGAAGAAGUUCCUCAAUCUACAGUGAGGGAAUCGAUCGGCGGAUGGAUUGAUGAAUGGCAAGAUGCCGAUGGCAAAGCAUUCUCUACAUUUCAUCUUUAUAAAUCCCCGCCGCCUAUACUAAAAGGGAUUUUAGUGCCGCAUAGCGGAGGCGUUAUUUGUUAAUUUUUUUCACUUAUUUUUUGAAACUUUUCUAUUCACACCUUGUUCCACCCCGGGUUUCCCCUUAGUUAUACGGCUACUUUGACCUAUCACAAAGAGUGAAGGACAGGUGCUGGUAUAGAUACAUGGCAUCUCUUAUUGCUCGUACUCGUAUUCCUUUUGUUCCCUUUCGAGGUGAUGGGCGGGAGAAAAAGGAAGUCACAGGGGUAGAACAUGGGGCUUUGGGAUGUCUAAAGUUGGGUGGAUAACUAACAGCGAU